AUGGCGCGUUUUGUGGACUUGGACGAAGACGAGGAUGUUGGUGCGGGCCCUGGUGGCUUUCCCGUCAACGAUCCUCGUGCCGCUGCUCCUCAUGAUGAGGUCGUGCCGCCCAUCCCGCCCCCGAUUUCCUCUCUGGGAACUCUACAUCAUGACGAGUCCCAGCAAAACGAUCUUUCUCAAAAAGAUCAGCAUCUGCUACUCCUCAGGAAGCUCGAAUUGCUGUCUGCCAAUAGCCGGAAUGGACCUUGGCCUCAUACUUUGUAUAACCCAGAGCCGCUAGGCACCAUGGACUCUCCUACCUUCCAGUCGCCUAUCACCAGCGCAUUCCAAUGCUAUCCUGUCGUUGAAGCCAUCGUUGCUUCUAUCGAUCUCAACACCCUCGACGCUCUUUCUCGUACCUGUCGCCUUGUCCAUCAUGGCCUCAUUCAGUAUCGCAGCACCCUUAUCAACUCGACCCUCCACUGUCAAAACGAGCACGUCCCGGUCGAUGGUUCCGAGACAUUUCGUUACCGCGCUCGCGCCGGCAACUGGUUCUACAUGGAAGAUGGCCGUAGCUACAACGGAAAGUCGGGCGACUGCGCUCGGGAUAUGGUCGGCGAGUGUCGCAGAUGCAACGAUGUGAUAUGCCGGAACUGUGCCAUUAAGCCACCAGCUUCCGUUGCACUCAAAGAAAGACACAGAAGACUUUGCAAACCUUGUGUUCACGCCUCGAUUGCAACCCUCAUCAAGGCCCCUGUAGAUCCAGACGUCCCCCUAUCAUCCGAGCUGGUAUCGCGGGACGUGUGUAAGUGCGCCGAUGAGGGCGUCUGGCUUUGUCAACCCUGUGGACGAAGUAUUCGUGCCGCAGACCAUGACUAUCAACGCAUCUGGCGCUGGCGAAACCAGUACGGUGAAGUCCUGGGCGGUCUUGGCACAGGUAUAGGCGAGGGCGACCGCGGUGUCGUUUGCGGUCGCGACGCAGAUUGCUGUGCUGCCAAAGAAGUCGAGCACCAAGUAGACUGCGACGCCGAGGACGCCCGCGAUGGAAACGUUGCCACGGGUCAGGGCCCGCAACAAGCUCCGGUUGACGCACUCAUCGACCAGCUUCGCCUCACGCACGAGCGCACACCGUCGCCGUCUCUCGGUCCCGGCUACCUGCGCCACGAGAUCGAGGGCAUCGGCGGCGUUGUGAAGCGCAAGCGUGUUCGCAUGGUGCGUGUUGGCCGCGGUGUUCCCGAGUGGGAUGAUGAGCGCUCAAGCGGCAGCCGUGUCCUCGGCCGAGAGGUCAGAGGCGUGCGUCGAUCAUGGUGCGGUUGGUGCAGUCGUGUCAUCCCUGGCGAAAAGGAUCUCUUGAAUGAGCCGCCCUCUUCGUCAUCUUCAAGCGCUGGAGGUAGUCGUCGCACAUCAACAUCGACUUCUAGGUCUGUUGAGAUGAAACUGGAUUAA